CUCUAAUUAGCUUCUUGUCUUUUGUCUUCCUCCUCACGCGCAGAUUAGGUGUGGAUACAUUUCUCCUUUGAUUUUUCUGGUUUCCAUGAUCCGAUUUUAGAGUUUCGCGAGUCAUUUCGGAGAAUUAUCCUCUCUCUUUUUUGGUGUUUUCUGUCGGCAUCGAAGUUUCUGAGAUCUCUGCGUUUUUUUUUUGGAUCGAAAUUCGAGAAUUAGGGCUUUUCCGUUCGGUUCUAGGGUUUCGGAGAGCAUAGAUAUAAUGCCUUCGGUGCCCUCUAAGCUACUCGUUCUCCUUCUCCUCUCUUUGAUUCCUUCGUUGACUCCUUAUCAUUCUGGUUUGUGUUCGCAUCGUCUGAAACCUCUUGAAAAGUGUGAUUGGCGUGGUAAUCUUAGUUAACAUUUCGAUUUUCUUCCACUCUUAGUCUUCUUCUCUGCUGCUCUCUUUCAAACUUUUUAUCUCUUGUGCUCAUCUGGUCCUUGAGAUUCUCCUAGCUCAACUUGGAAGAAAAAGCUUGUGAAUCAUAAUCUUCAGAUACAGAAUCUUUGCUUCAUCGUUGGUGACUUUUUCGAUCUGCAAGUUGCAACCCACAAAGUUACUGCUACUGUGACCUAUCAUCUGCUAUAGUUGAAUAUGAGCUCUGUUUGUGGUACGUUGGAUUUCAAAGAUGCAAACUUUGGGAUCUCGACUUCGAGCCCCACGCAGUGCUCUAAUGGCUCCAAGCAUUCCUCGUUUGCUGGAUCUGAAGAUUCUCAGGAGUCUGAUGGCGAUGAAACUGGUUAUAUAAACCAAACUGCGAAUGAAGAAUCCGCUGAGACAGAUUUCGGCAAAUCCACUUUACCUCCCUCAUCUUCAGAUGAUGACGACAAGGAUGAGAACUUUACUACUACACCAGUUGUUCUCAUCCCGGCCAUAAAAGGCAGUCGGGAGAAGCACGGCUUGUCACUGAGGAAGUCAAGUGUUUCGUGGGCUGAGGACGUGUAUGAUCCUCCUCCCUCCAUAGCUUCGCACACAAGAAGCAAGAAACAGCAACACAAACCCAAGAGCAAAGACAACCACAGGAAGACCGGAAAGAAAGGACAGAAGAGCAAAGACAACUCUUCCUCUCGUAGUGGCAAGGACAAGAAGCAAGCUUCUCGCAAACACAGUCGCGAGAAAUUUGAUUGGGUAACUCAGAUGCCUAUAGUUGCAGCAUCUUCUUGAUUGCCAUUGGCUGCUCAUAAUCAAGCACACCUUCAUCACAUCUACGAGCUUGGCGUCCUCUUGUUAAAUAAAUAAUCAACAAAUCUCUUUGUGUGUGUGUUUCUUGUACACAGCUUUUCUGUGUGAGUUUCUUUUUCGGGUAAUGGAUGAUAAAAAACACACAUGUGAAGUUUUCUUGAAGUUUGUUGCUUGUUUGUUUUUUUUUUUUUUUUUAUAUGGGAUUCAGUUUCACUUUUGUGAAGAACUCAAUGAAACUUUGUUAUUGA